AUAGAGUGCAGAGCUUGCGAUAACUUCAUGAAACAGGCGAAUGCCGCGGACCUCCUGUCCCUACGCGAGCGGCGCUCUGUUGGGUCCUGUACGGGAGCCCGUGCGGGGCUGUUCUGGAAACCCCGCGCUGCCUGCACCUCUAUCGUCUCGGAAAAUGCUGAGAGAAAUUACCUUUUACUUGUCCACGACAAAGUUGACAUGGAUGAUGAAGACGGCAGGUGCUUGCUAGAUGUUAUCUGUGACCCAGAGGCACUGAACGACUUUCUCCAUGGAUCCGAAACGCAUGGCCAUGUUCCAGAGGUCCAGCCCCCCAGUCAACUGUCAGCGAGUGAGCCUCCAGGGCUCCCCAGCAACAGCGUGGACCUGGACUUCCUCGAGGACGAUGACAUCCUGGGGGGCUCGCCGAGUGCAGGUGGCGGGAACAACGGCUUCGGGGGCGACAACGAGCCGUGUGACAUCCUGCAACAGAGCCUGGCUGAGGCCAACAUCACGGAGCAGAGUCUGCAGGAGGCCGAGCUGGACCUGGGCUCCUUUGAGCUGACUGGCCUGACGCAGGUGAUGCCGACUCUGGCCGACCCCAGCAGCCUGGCCGUGACCACGGAGCCUGCUGUCGGGGUCGGUAUCAGCGUUGGGGUUGGAGGACAGGCCCAGAUCUUCCCCGGGUCGGCGGCUGGCUCUGCGGUGCAGACUGGCGCGGAUGUGCUGGGCUCGGUCCUGGCUCAUCCUGGCUUGCAGCUACAGCCCCAAGUGGUAAACAAGGCCAUCAGCGUCCAGCCCUUUGUGCAGCAGGUGGGUCUGGGAAAUGUCACCUUACAGCCCAUCUCUGGCCUGCAGGCCCUGCCCAAUGGGAGCCCGUCUGGGCAUCUGGGCAUCGGGCAGAUCCAGGUGCUUGGCCAGCCUACGGUCAUGACCAUCAACCAGCCCAUGCAGCCCAUCUUGACUAAAACCGUCGGUGGCUACCAGCUACACCAGUCUGGCACAGAGAUCGGGGUGACUAGCGCUCCGGGUGGACUGGGUGGGCAAGUCCUGGGCUCGACGGGAGGGCUCCUGAUCCAAGGAGGAAAGCCGGCUGUGGAGUCCCCGGCUGUCAAUGGGGCUGCCGUUGCCGUGACUGCAGCCGGGGGGACCGGCACUGCUGUGAGCACCUCUGCCGGACUUGUGGGCUUCGGUGGGUCCCCGGCUGGUACAUGUGUCGGAGCCCAGCCGCAGGCCCAGCCUCCGGGCCAGAUCAUGCAGAACGUGAUCAUCCAGCGCACGCCGACGCCCAUUCAGCCCAAGCCGCCACAGGGGGGCGCUCUCCAGCCCAAACUGUUCAAACAGCCACACCAGCAGCAUGGUGCUACCCGCGGCCAUGCCGUCCAGAGUGAGGCCAAGCUCAUGGGGGUCCAACAGGGGUCCGUCCCAGUGUCCUCUGCUCAGAAUGUGGCUUUCCUGGCUGGCAAAGCCGGUGCCAACAUGGUCUUGGGCACGUCGGCGCCCACCCAGGGCACGCCCUACUCCCAGGCGCUGUUCAAGCAGCAGGCUCUGCAGGCGGCGGGGAAACCAGUCAGCGUGCACGUGCUGAACCAGUCCGGGAGCAUCGUCAUCCCAUCUCAGACGCUCCUGCAGGGGCAGAACUCCCAGUUCCUCGUGCCACAGCUGCAUGCAGGGGGACACAUCCUUACCAGCCAGGGCCCUGGAGGUCAGCUGAUCGCCAAUCAGAUUCUCACCACCAAUCAGAACCUGAAUCUGGGCCAGGUUCUGACGCAGCAGGGACACCCUGCUCACAUCAUCUCUGGGCCCAUCCAGCUGCAGCCUGGUCAGGUGACCCAGCCCACGCUCUUCCAGAUGCCUGUCACCCUGGGCCAGACCCAGGCCCAAGCCCCAGGGCUCAUCCAGGGCAUGCCCAUUCAGAGCCCUCUGACCAUGCUGGGCCAAAUGGAGGGCCUAGGUCCGGCCGUCAGCCUGCAGGCCCCUCCCCAGCAUCCGACCUGCGGCCUUCUAGGAACAAGCGGGGUCACAUCAUGUCAGCCGGGGGAGGGCGUGACGGUCCUAGGUAGCUCCUUGGACCAGGCCUCAAAUCCAGCACAGGCCCCGCACCCGGUCCUUACAGUACAGACUGGUCCACCGGUAACCGUGUCCUCGGUGGUCCCCUCGUCAUCGCCGUCGGCCUCGUCCUGCUCCUCGUCCCUGUCUUCCCUCCCCCCUGGUGGUAUGACCCCGCUGCCAACCCAGUUCCUCGCUCACCAGGGCUCCAGCAUGAUUCUGAGCCAAGAAUCCCUGCAAAUGUUCCUGCAACAGGAUGAGCAGCAGGAAAGCGAGACUACCCUGGUCCCUUCAGGGUGUGAGCUCGUGUCCGCCAUCGUGAGUGCCAGCGGUCCGCCUCCUGCGGCCAGUGAUGGAAUUUCAAUUGGCCACUCACUCGGCCCCGCCCACAGUGAAAUGGCAGUUAACCAGCUCCCGUCGGCCGGGGCCCAGCAGCAGCUGAAACUCCAGUGCGCCUCACCCUCCUCGGUCGUGGCCACCCAACCCACGCCGCCCUCGCUUUCGGAAAGCCCACAGGCAUCCCAGGCCUCUCCGCUCGUCCUGGGCCAGCAGGUCCAGUCGCCUCACCAGCAGCCUCCAUCCCAGCCGCCGUCGCGCUCCUGCACGCCUUCGUCGCUGCCCUCCCUCUUCAUCAUCCAUAACCAGCCUGCCGGCUCGCCCCAUGGUCAGGCCCCAUCGAUUGCCCCCACUCAGCCUGUGUCCUUCCCACAGGACACGCCCCCGUCCUCCUGCUCUCCCAAACCCCCCCAGGUCACCCCUGUGCAGUUUCAGCUGGUGCCCCCACCAACAAGCUCCACUCUGGGCCCAGGCCUGACUCAGCAGGCCCCCAUCCAAGGCCUGACCUCUGAGCAGCAGCAGACUCUACACCUGAUUGGCGCUCAGCUACAGACCCUGUCCUCUAUCGCCCAGCCCUCGGCGCAGCAGAAACAGCUGCUUGACAAGCUGCACCAGGUCCAGCAGAACAUUAUUCUCCAAUCAAAGCAGCAGACUCAACUGCAGCCUAUCACCGCCAAUCAGUUCAGUGUAAAGCAGGAGGCCACACCCCCUCCGGUUGUGACAUCAUCAGGCAGCCAAAGUGGCCCCGCCCAGCUCGUGCCAGUGCUCCAGCAGGCGUCGGUGCUUGUGAACACUCCGGUGUCGGGAUCCAGCGAAGUCAAAGUGUUCCUGGGUGGUCCGCCGGCUGUUGGGCCCGUCACGACCAGCCUGGCGCAGCCGCUUCAGCCAAAGCAGGGCGUCGUGGGCUCCAUGGGAACGAUCCCGCUGGGCACGGGCAGCCUGCGCAUCCAGGUCUGCGGCAGUGGGCUCACGCAGCUGAGCACGUCGCAGAUGCUGCCGGCCGUCCAGACGCAGGCCUCUACGCCCAAAAUGCCUUUGGUCAUGGAGCCAAGUAAAGAAGCCAGGAUGCUGGAGCAGCUCCGGAAGCAGCAGGGCUCAGUGCUGCACCCGGACUACGGCUCCCCGUUCCGCUCCUUUGAAGACUCGCUGCUUCGGCUGCUUCCCUACCAUCUCUACCAGGGAACCCGCUCGUCCCCCGAGGACUAUCUUAAGGUCGACGAGGAGUUCGAAAGCGUGUCCAACCAGGUGCUGCAGCGGACUCAGGCCAUGCUGGACAAGUAUCGGCUGUUGCUCUUUGAGGAGGCGAAGAGGUUGGGUCCGUCAGCUGAGAUGGUCAUGAUUGACAGGAUGUUCAUUCAGGAGGAGAAGGUGGCUCUCAACCAGGACCGUUUGCUGGCUAAAGAAAGACCAGAUGAGUAUGUGGCUCAGAUAGAGGGUGUUUCCACCAACAAGCUGCCCCCCCCUCCGGCUGAAGCUGGGCCCACACACCCCGAGCCAUCUGCAGCGGCAGUGCCCGAAACGCCGCAGGCCUCGUUCUCGGCUGCUACCCAGCUGACGCCCACCAGAAUGGUGAUCAAGCAGGGAGGGGGCACCACCUCUGUUACCUGGUCAUCCAGCAUCACCCCGGCCCGCCCCACUGCCCCUGCUGCCGACGACGACGCCCUGCCAGAGCGCAGCAGCAAGCCUCCAAUCAAGACCUACGAGGCUCGUCGAAGGAUUGGACUGAAACUGAAGAUCAAACAGGAGGCGGGGCUUAGCAAGGUGGUCCACAACACAGCGCUGGACCCGGUGCACACCCCAACCCAAAGCCAGCCUUCACCAUCGCCAAGGCAGCACCGGCAGUCUGGCUCAGCCCAGACCCCUCCCCCGACGCACACUGUUGCCUCUGUCUUGAGCGUCGCUGCAGCGACCAGUCCCUCACGGCGAGCGGCGGCGUCCUCUUCUUGUCCUUCGUCCUCCUUGUCCUCCACCCAGAUGAAUGGGACUCUGGAGCACCAGGGAGGCGCCGUGAAGAGGAGUCCCGCUAGCACCAAGACGCCUCCGCAGAUUACGUGCCGGCUGCCCUUGCGGAAAACGUACCGCGCGAAUGUCAGCCCCCGCAGGCGCCCCGGGGUGCCCGGAGGUGGAGUCAGCUCUCCCCAGCACCUCCCCAUCUCACUGGCCCCACCUCCCGACUCCCAGAGCUCCUCCCCCACAGCCGACCGGACUGUGAUAGCCAGCGUGAAGCUGGAGAAGCGCGCCCGCCAGAGCUCCCCCUGCCCACCAGCCUGGGCUGACACUGAGCAGGGGGGUGAUGACCGGGAACGGGGCGCCUCCCCGGGGCUAAUUAAAGAGCUGGCUGAGGUGGAGGAGGUGUUUUACCGCGGGAUGAUAAAAAAUGCCCACCGUCGCCGCUCGGAGGAGGAGGACGGCGAGGACAAUGAGGACGUGGGGAGGAAGGAGGAGCGUGGCGGUUCGGGCAGGUCUAGGCGGGGCAACAGAAAGAGCCGGGAGAAGGGGGGCGGGUCCUCCAGGACAGACCGGCAGGUGCCCGGGGCGUCCUCACCUCCCACCGAGCCCUCCUGGGACUCUUCGCUUCCCGCCAAGCGUCGUCGGUCGGGUUCUCCGGACAUGGACAAUGCCAGUUUCUCCAGUGGGAGCCCACCACCUGACGACUCGCUCAAGGAGCACCUGCAGAGGGCGAUCGACGGCAUACUCAACCUCCAGCAGGGCAGCAGCAGAACUCCUGGGGCCAGGGCUUAUCCAUCGCAGCGCUCGGGUGGACCUUCUUCAGGACCCCACAGACCUGCUCUACCCCUCUCCGCAUCCCCUUCCCUUUCUGUGUCCCAGCGCUCACCACUAGGGGGCGCUGAUGGACAUAGCCACAACAGUAAAUUGGUUUCAAGGACUAGCAGCAGAUAGCAUCCCCUAAUUCAGGAAUGGACUGAGACUGUUUUUCCUUUUUCCUGAGUGGGGGGGUGACUGAUCUCUCAACCGUCUACUCUUGGGUGUGCUGUGUUUGAAAUUGUCCAGAAGAUGACGACACUUUAUUUUGCUUUCCGGAUUGUAAUGAGAAGGACAGCUGCUUGUCAUAAUUCUAACCCAGUUCUUCACCAGUCACCAGUCCUGCUCUAGUCAUGGUGCCGUGGAGCUGCGAAUGACCCUGCUGUUGGUCUGAGGCUCCAUACUCCCCCCCUGUGUUGGCUUGUUGUCUCUUCUGUCCUGCCCUUAGUUCUUCUUUCUCAAGCCGGGACUCUCAGAGAGGUACAAUUCUGGUUUUUCAUCUUGGCAGAUCCACUGCCUUGCCCUCACUUUGCUCCUCGUGUCUGCUGUCCUUGUUCGGUAUGUCCAUGUGUGUCGAUAAGGUCCGUGGGGCCCAGAAGACGGAGCCAGGACGGAAUUCGUGGUUGUUGAUGUAUGAGCGCAUUCCUGUGGCUGUAGGACUGGUUUAUGCACCCAGCUCAGACAGUGUGUAGACAGACCCUCGACCUGAAACAGGCCUAACCAUCCAGCUGCCUCAUCUUAGGGCAGGCUUUCCCAGGUCUGGUUCUGGAGAGGCAGACUGCAACACAGUUUGCAGAUUUACCUGCUCAAUCACACCUACCAAACCUGGCAAUCGACUGGUGAGUUAAGGUGUGUUUUAGCAGGGAAAUCUGCAAACCGUGAUGCCGACUGGUCUCCAGCUCCGGAAUUGGGGACCCCUGUCAUAGGGGUUAACCCCAGUGUCCCUCCUUGUGAUUUAACUCCCCCUAUUCCACCAAACUUUGACAGUACUGUCUGAAUCCCUUUCAGAAUGAGUUGUGGUGCUUGGUGUCCUUUUAAACAGAACUGGUUUCUCUCUGUACAUCAGGCUUUUAUCUCUUGUGCUUAGGCUAGUAGGAAGUAUCCCCCCCCCCACUGCUCUACCCAGAGAUUUAAUGGGGUUGUUGCUAUGGUAACACUCAGAUCCUAAACAGACCCGAUGCAACACUGUGGAAUGAAGAGUUAUGUAAACACUGGUUUAUAACCAGUGGUUUUAAAGUCAGGGUAGGUCACACACCUGUUAGUGGACUGCUGGUUAAACAGCAGAAAGCAGAGCAGACUCACGGAUCCAAAGUAGACCACCAUCAACGUGGCACCACAGUCACUUGCACAGCCUGAAAGUCCAGCUGAAAUUCGACACCCUGUCAUCCCCCAAGCUGACAGCAGGUGGCAGCACUGAGUGUGUUCAUUUUCAUGAAAAUGGAGUCUUCCUGUCAAUGAAGGAGUGACUGAAUGUGAAUAAUAAGUUGUAGUUUAUUUUACUACUGCUGAGGUCCAGUCAUACAGAGGGACAUUCUAAGAAAGUCCUUUGCUCAAAGGGACAUUCGUGGUAAAUUGGCUUCUAAGUAGAAGAAUGUCACACAAAAAAGCUACAACACCACCAUUAACUGCCGCAACUCGACAUCGUCAUGAGAAUCUGCCCAUUAGACAAGUUUAUAAGCAAAAGGUUUCUGUUGAAGACAAAAAAUUCGGAAGUUUGUGAUCUGCGUCGUGCUGCUCUAUUCCUUACAGAUGCGGGAAAAGAUUCCGACGUACCAUGCAGUGAAAGGAAACACUCACUUUUUCUUUCAUUCACAACCGCGAGACUGUAGCAUCGUAAAUAGUUCAUGUCGACAUGUAAAUGUUCCUCAAAGUUUCCUCAAGUUAGUCGCGUUUUAAUCUCCUUGUCUUUCAGACUCUUUGGACAAUUAAAAUCAAACACAGCACAAACAAUGAAUUAAUACAAACUCAGUAUAAAAACAUUUAAAAGUGUAAGAGAUUUUCCAAAUAUAGUACUUCAGAUUAAUUUUGUACUGUAUUUAUUGUGUAAAAUGAACAUUUUUAAAAACUGUACAUUUAGUAAAACUGUACAUUAAACCCUGCUUCUUUUAUAAUGGAAA